CAACUGCUUGCAUAUCUUUUGCCUUCAACCUCAUUUUCACAUUUGAUUUUGCCUCUACAGCUGUGGGUUUCCUUUGUGUCCUCCAAGAUCCACACAUCCCCAUAAUGGCUUCAAGUGGGAAGCUUAAUGUGGAAGUGAAGGUGAAGUCCAAUGCAAAAAAGAUGUGGGAAAGCAUUAUGGACUUUGUCACUCUCUUCCCCAAGGCCAUGCCUGACGUGUACAAAACCAUUCAAGUUCUUGAAGGAGACGGAAAGUCUGUUGGCUCUGUUAUAAUCAAAUUUGGAGAAGGAUUGCCCCCUGUCACGGAGAAGAUAGAUGAAUUGGAUGAAGGUAACAAGACAGUAGCCUAUAGCGUGGUCGACGGGGAGCUGCUGAAAUACUACAAGAGUUUCAGGGCCAAUCUGACUGUGGUUCCAAAGGGGGAGGGGAGCUUGGUGAAGUGGGGCUGUGAGUUUGAGAAGGCAAGCGAGGAGACUAUUGAUCCAGAAUCCUAUAAAGAUUUUGCAGUCAAGAACAUCGAACAGCUGGAUGCCUAUGUCCUCAAUGCAUAGGCAUGGAAGAGACUCACCCGCAAAAUUAUUCUCUCCUUAAUUCUCAUGGUCUACUCUUUAAGUAAAUAUAAGUCCUAUAAAGUCCUGCACUAUAUGUAUACUCGACACAACAACAAAUAACGUUUCAGUGGUGGAUACACCAUGAAAUGAUGUUUCCCUCUUCUUCCAUGUGAGUAGUUAUAGAUAGUAGAAUGGUGAUUGAGGUGGGAGCCUUGAUCAAUAUUGCAACUUAACAAAGAUUACAGCUGCUUUACUAAUGUCCAAAUAUUAAGGCUGCAAAAGUGGCAAAUUUUUCACGUGA